AACAUUCACUAUUUUUCUAGAUGGUACUCAUAUUGUAACGUAACAUCUGGCCAUUAUUAAGCCACUAACUACACAAAACAAUACCUACGGCUGAGAGACAGCUCAAGCGAGGAACAGAUUAACACAAAGCACUCUCCCGGAGACUCCUCAUGGAACUGGCAUGGCACGGCCUUCCUGCACAACUUUGAUAUGAUUUGGCACCAUGUGCAUGCAUGCUGCGACCCCACACGUGGGAGAGAAACAAACAACCUUAAAACUUGCUCCCUCUGUGUGCGUGCGUGUGUUUGUGCGACCAAGAUCACAUCAUAUUGCAUAAGCUCACAGAGGAAGUCAACCAGAGGAGAGAACCAGAAACAAAAAGAGAGUUUUGACCGGGCGCCUUGUGGGUGAGCUACCGGCCAAUCUCUCACGCUCUCAAUGGCGUUGAAUUCUUUAAUAAAAUCAUGCACCUUUGAUGCUAUCACCAACAAAACUCGUAUAUAACAAUAACCCUUUCCCAUUUCUUUUCUCACUUCACCAUCAUAUUCUACAAUAUUUUCCCAUAACAACUUCAUUCUACUUCUUUUUUCCCCUUUAUUUCAUCCCAAAACCAAAAAGACUAGCUUAAUAAAAUUUAUAAAAUUCUCUUUUACUACCGUCUCUUAUUCUAUACUCUUCCUUUCUUCUUUACCCUAAAAACACCAAAUAAAAAGGAAAAAAAAAAAAAAAAAAAAGACCCUGAGAUGGGGCGGAUUCCAUGCUGUGAGAAAGACAAUGUGAAGAGAGGGCAAUGGACACCUGAGGAAGACAACAAGCUCUCUUCCUACAUUGCCCAACAUGGAACCCGUAACUGGCGCCUUAUCCCCAAGAAUGCUGGUCUCCAAAGAUGUGGCAAGAGCUGUAGGCUGCGGUGGACAAAUUACCUUCGCCCUGACCUUAAGCACGGCCAAUUCUCUGAUGGCGAAGAACAAAUCAUUGUGAAACUGCACUCUGUCGUUGGAAACCGGUGGUCAUUAAUUGCAGCUCAGCUACCUGGCCGUACAGACAAUGACGUUAAAAAUCACUGGAACACCAAACUAAAAAAGAAGCUUUCAGGCAUGGGUAUCGAUCCAGUCACCCACAAGCCGUUUUCCCACCUCAUGGCUGAGAUUGCCACCACAUUAGCUCCACCCCAGGUGGCUCACCUUGCAGAAGCAGCUCUUGGCUGCUUCAAAGAUGAAAUGCUCCACCUCCUUACCAAGAAGCGCAUUGACUUCCAACUCCAACAGUCAAAUGCAACCCCAGGGAACACAGCAACUCCCCACAUUACUAACAAACAAGAAGAAAAAGAUGAUACCAUCGAGAAGAUAAAGCUUAACAUAUCAAGAGCCAUACAAGAGCCUGCCAUCCUACCCUCCAACAAGAUAUGGGACUCCACUGGACCAACAUCCAUGAAUUUUGCAGGGUCCUGCAGUGUGUUUCCUGCAUCCGUUACUGGAUUCCAAUAUGGCCCACCAGCUUUUGGCAACGAAGGGGCUGGAUCACCAUGGAGCCAGAGUAUGUGUACUGGAAGCACGUGCACACCAGGGGAACAAACAGGCCAGUUGCAAGAAAAAUUGGAGGAUGAAAAUGGACAUGAGUCAGACGGAGGAAAAGAAAUCAGGAACCGGACCAGCCUGUUCAACACAGAUUGCAUCCUGUGGGACAUACCAUCAGAUGAUUUGAUGAAUCCUAUGCUUUAAGGGUUUCGUAAACAACUCAGCAGG